CAAUAAAGACAAGGAUAUAUCAAGCAUAGAAUAGAAUAAAAUUAAAUGCCCAUCAUACAUGAGAUACGAUUCAAACGAUGCAACAAACACACCGAGCUACAAGUUUUCUACAAGUUCAGAAGAUGAAGAUCCAUUUGAGUAUAAUUCAGAUUUGGAUCCAAAUUUUGAAUUAAUAGAUAAUGAGAAGACAAUAACUGAAAGUGAACAUGAAAAUGAUUUGGUAGAUAUAACAACUAAAAAACGUAAACGAUUUAUGAAGAAAAAAGAAAGAAACUCCAGGAAGCGACAUAGAAAACCCGAAGAAUGGGCGGAUAAUAAAGCAAAAUCUAUGUUAGAUCCAUGUAAGUGUAGAUUUAAGUGUGCAGAUAAGAUGACUGAAGAAAAUAGGCAAAAUAUUUUUGAGGACCUUUGGGGUAUUGCAGAUCACACGCGACAAUGGGAUUUUAUUCUACGAUUUGUUGAAGAAAAACCAAAAAACAAAUCACUGUGUGCAAUAAAGAGUCAAGAAGACAGCUAUCAAGAACCCAUUUUUUAAAAAUUAACGACACUUUACAAAAGGUUUGCAAAACCAUGUUUCUUAAUACUUUAGAUAUUUCUGAAACAUGGGUAAAUACAGCUUUUUCAAAAACAUUGGAAAGUGGAGUACUCAAAAAUGACAAUCGAGGAAAACAUGAUAAUCGACCUAACAGAGUAAAAUUAGGUAUCAAAGAAAGUGUUCGCAGCCAUACUAAUAUGUUGCCUGUAGUGCCUUCACAUUAUCUCCGUAAGGAUACUAAGAAAAUGUAUU